UACCGGAAGUCCUCUUCAUUUUCCGGUUUUAAUCAUGGACGCCGCAGGACGGGUUAGCUAGUUUAGCUGGCAGCUCUUAUCUCCAGCUCUGAUUCGUGUUGAGGCAGCUGGUAGCAGGGAUGGACCCGUUAUAGCUCCUCCUCUGUCUCACUGGCUGAUGGUGUGUGGACACAUCAGGGGAUACGGGACUAUUCGGACCACGGCUGGUCCGGGCUGCGUUUUGAUGUCUGGGCUGCAACAUAUCUCCAUGGCAACCGUCUGACAAGCCGCUCACCCUCUUUGUUGCAUGUGUUGAUGGAAACAUGGAAACGGUCUCUUGCGACAGUCUGAACUGAAGGGAGACGGCACGAGACACGUUGGCCGAGGGCUGCACAUGGAGAAUGGAGACCUGGGUCACAUGAUGGGAGAGCCAGUGACUCUGAAUGUGGGCGGCUGUGUUUACAGCACGUCUCUGUCUACGCUGCAGCGAUACCCAGACUCCAUGCUGGGAGCCAUGUUCAGAGGAAACUUUCCCACCGUCAGGGACGCACACGGAAACUACUUCAUCGACCGCGACGGCCCGCUGUUUCGCUACAUCCUCAACUUCCUGCGGACAUCGGAGCUGACACUUCCGUGUGACUUCAAGGAGACAGAGUUGCUCAGAAAGGAGGCCGACUUCUAUCAGAUCGAGCCCCUGAUCCAGUGCCUGGGAGAGCCCAAGCCUCUGCUGCUCUACCCGACCGACUCCUACGAGGAGGUGGUGGAGCUGUCCAGCACCAGGAAGCUCUCCAAGUACUCCAACCCCGUCGCAGUCAUCAUCACCCAGCUUACAAUCACCACCAAGGUCCAUGCAGUGUUGGAGGCCAUCUCCUGCAGUUUCACAAAGUGGAACAAACACAUGAUGGACACCAGAGACUACCAGGUGUCCUUCACCUUCGGACCAUGUGACCACCAACAGGAAGUCAGCCUGCGUGUCCACCUGCUCGACUUCAUCUCCAAAGCUGGUUUCACAAUUCGCAAUACGCGUGUUCACCACAUGAGUGAACGAGCCAACGAGAACACGGUGGAACAUCACUGGACGUUUUGUCGCCGAGCUCGCAAAGUCAACGACUGACAGAUGAGCAGCAGGAUGGACUUGGGUCUUCAGACAAAGGCUGAAGAGUUUUUUUAAUUUUUUUUUUCUUGAUGGUUUUGUCGUCUUGUAUUUGUUUUGCACUCUUUGACGUGACAUUUUGAAUAAUUUGUUCAAUCUGUGAUGUCACAAAAGCACAUACACACACACACAUAUAUAUAUAUAUACUGACUGACACUACAUAUAUAUAUAUAUAUAUAUAUAUAUACAUGCUUGGAUGGAUUUUAACUUGACUUUGUCUUUGAAACUAUACGUUCAAACAUUUCUGGACAGUCUUCAGUCAAUCUUAAAGCUACAGGAGCAUCUAAGGAGCUUCUAACAUUGUGGCAAUAGUUUUUUUUUUUUUUUGGCCUCUCAGAACCAGGUAUAUCCAGCACCUUUGAGAUGAAUUGGAAUCCAGAAGACGGAUCUGUCACUUCACUCGCUGCUAGACAUGGACAUCACUGGUGCUCUUGUUGCUGAACAAGAAGGAAUUCUUAAAUCCUUCAACUUCGGAAACAUGGUGGCAACCUGCUCAUCAUUUGGAAUCAUGUUAUCAUAUGUGGCUGGAAUAUUUUGUGUAUGUAAAGGAAACUAUAAAACAUCCUAAGAAAUGUGUCAUAACCAUAGACAAACAAAACUUUAUACUGUCUGUGGUUAUAACUCAAAGUCUAUGAUUAAAUGUUGGUUGUAAAUAAACAUUAAAGGUCUAAUUUGUAAAA